AUAUUUUUAAAACAUUAAACCUACAUUAACUUGUAUGCUUUAAUUUUUUUGAUUGCAGAUUUAUUUCUGAUAAAAAUAAUAAUCAGAAAAUGAAAUGAAUAGACAAUAAAUUUAACUACUAAAAAUCCCCAUAUGUCACAAUUAUAGAAUCAGUAAUUAAUCAAAUUUUCCCGCACGGGAAUUGACCAAAAUGAAACCUAAUUACUGAAAGUGUUGUAUUUUAAAGACUUAUCAAAUUUUUAAAGGGCUAAAGUCUAUACUAUUUACUUGUACCAAAAGCAAUAUAAAAUUGGAUAAAGAUGUAAAGAAAAUUUAAAUUGCCGUGCCUCAAAGUAUAGAAAAUGUUUAUCCACAUGCACGUACCUAUUAUACUCUAUAAAUAGCAAGAACAUGUCCUGUCUCAAAAUAAGCUCAUACAUUUUUCAUUAUCACAUCCUUAACACCAGCAUUUAUACACAUACUACUGUUAAUCGCUCCAUGGUCAUGAAAUCGACGGCAUUUCUCGUGUUGUCUGUAUGGCUAGUAGUAUCCAUGAUCGUCACAACCACCGCUUCUCAUCAGCCGGCAGUGCUAGACACUGACGGACAGCCACUCCAAAGCGGCGUUGAAUACUACAUAUUGCCGGCAGUAACUGAUGUCUCCGGCGGUGUAACCCUAUUCGAAGGCAAAAACAAUUGCCCAUUAUUGGUCGGUCAAGAACCGCUUGGUCCGGAAUUUUCACUUGGCCUACCAGUGACCUUGGAGCCAUUUGCUGAAGGAGAGACGAUCAUUAGAGAGGACAGAGAUUUGACAGUUACAUUUCAAGUAUUUAGUAUUUGUAUUCAGUCUACUAUUUGGAGGGUAGGCGAAGAAAACCCUAAAACAAGAAGGAGACCCGUUGUUAUUGCAGGAGAGAGAGAUUAUUUUAGGAUUCAAAAGAAUGAAACUGGUAUUUAUGACAUUGUCUGGUGUCCUACUGAAGUUUGUCCAAUUUGUAGAUUCAGAUGUGGUUCAGCUGGUAUUGUUGUUGAGAAUGGCAAUAGGUUGCUGGCCUUGGAUGGCCCUGCAUUUCCCUUUCAGUUCACUAGGGUUUCUAACUCAGCUGUCUGAAUGAAAUGUUAAAAAAGGAUGUUGUUCUUCUUUUGGCCUAUUGUAAUAAUUUUAAAUUAUGGUAUUAUGUAUAUGAAUAAAUGGUUUGGAGAUCUA